AUGGAUCGUUCUCGGAGCCCGGACAAAAGCACCCAGCCUCCAACACCAAGUGACAACAUCAACCUUGGACCUUCUGCUAACCCAAAUGCCAAGCCAACAGACUUUGAUUUCCUGAAGGUUAUUGGUAAAGGAAGCUUUGGAAAAGUUCUCCUGGCCAAACGUAAGUGUGAUGGGACUUUUUAUGCUGUGAAAGUCUUGCAUAAGAAAACCAUCCUGAAGAAAAAAGAGCAAAACCACAUCAUGGCAGAGCGCAACGUGCUCCUGAAAAAUGUCAAGCACCCCUUCCUUGUGGGACUCCAUUACUCCUUCCAGACCUCAGAGAAGCUUUACUUUGUGCUUGACUAUGUAAAUGGGGGAGAGCUCUUCUUCCACUUGCAAAGGGAGCGCUGCUUCCGUGAGCCCCGGGCCCGAUUCUAUGCUGCAGAAGUCGCUAGUGCAAUUGGGUACCUGCAUUCCUUAAACAUCAUUUACAGGGACUUAAAACCUGAGAACAUCCUCCUGGAUUGCCAGGGACACAUAGUAUUGACAGACUUUGGACUCUGCAAAGAAGGAAUGGAGCAAGAGGAGACAACUUCUACUUUUUGUGGCACUCCUGAGUACUUGGCUCCAGAGGUUCUAAAGAAGCAGCCGUAUGACAGGACAGUCGACUGGUGGUGCCUGGGAGCUGUCCUCUAUGAGAUGCUGUUUGGACUGCCUCCUUUUUACAGCCGGGAUGUGUCUCAAAUGUAUGACAACAUUCUGCACAAGCCACUCCAGAUCCAAGGAAGCAAGACUGUGGCAGCUUGUGACAUUCUCCAGGGACUUCUCCACAAGGACCAGAAGAGGAGGCUGGGUGCCAAAACAGACUUUCUUGAGAUAAAGAACCAUGUAUUCUUCAGCCCAAUAAACUGGGAUGACUUGUACCACAAGAGGAUUACUCCUCCGUUUAACCCCAAUGUGGCUGGUCCAGCUGAUCUGCGACACUUUGACCCGGAGUUCACCCAAGAAGCGAUCUCCACCUCCAUCACCCACACGCCUGACCUAGCAGCCAGCAGCUCCAGUGCAUCAGAUGCAUUUUUAGGGUUUUCUUAUGCACCAACUGAAGAGGGCAUCUAGGUUUUUUUUAAAGGCUUUGAGAAGCCAGAUUUUAACUGAAUGGGUUUUAUGUUUUUUGUUUUCUUUCCUGAAAGGAUUGGUACUGUCCUUUGCUCAUGGUUUGAGGAAUUGGGACUAAUACACUAACUG